AUGGACUCCGAAUAUGCCGAGGAAGGCCAAAAUGGUCAAGAAGAAUAUGCCGUCGAAUACAACGACAACGAGGGAAAUGGUGAAGAUUUUCAUGAAGAUGAUGAUGAUCGACAUCAUCUAGAUCAUGAUGACGAUGACGAAAACCACGAACAUGAUGAACGUGACGAGUAUGAUGAACAUGGACAUGACGAUGCCGACGACGACAGGAAACUGUUUGUGGGUGGUCUGACUUGGGAUACAACAGAUAAGGAUUUGAAGGAGUAUUUUUGUACGUUUGGUCCCGUCCUCAAGGCUGAAUUGAAGGUUGACCAGAUAUCUGGAAGAUCAAGAGGUUUUGCAUUUGUCACAUUCAAAGAUGGUGAAGCUAAGAAAAAGGUUGCUGCCUGUCGUGAACAUAAGUUAAAUGGCAAGCGGAUAGACCCGAAAGCAGCUAAACCUCGAGGUAAAGAUCCAGUGCGGAAGGUGUUCGUUGGAGGAAUUGACCAUCAUAUCAAAGAUGAAGAUAUAAGAGACCAUUUUGAACAGAAUUUUGGACCGGUAACAGACAUUGAACGACCAAGAAACAAGAAAUUCUGCUUCAUCACAUUUGACAAGGAAGAACACGCCAAGAGUGCGAUGACUGAUUCUAAACAAACCAUCUGCGAUUGUAUGUGCGAUGUAAACGAAGCUACACCAAAGGAGGAUCAUCGCGGGGGCCCACCCGGUGGACCUGGAGGUCGUGGAGGACGAGGAGGUCAUUGGGGAGGACCACACGGUGGGUACGAUGAUGGUUAUUAUGGUCCACCACGUGGAGGACCCAGAGGUCGAGGACGAGGAGGCAGAGGUGGAGGCCCAGGCUGGAACAACGAAGGUUAUGGGAACGACUAUUACGAUUACGGCCAAGGCCAAGAUUACAACUAUGACUACAGCCAACAGGGAUAUGAUCCAAAUGGUUGGAAUAAUUACAACUACCAAGAUUAUUACAAUAAUUACUACAACUAUGAUCCCAAUUACUAUUCGAAUUGGUAUGGUCAGGGCUAUGACCAGUCACAAGCAGGUGGUGAUUGGAAUGCAUAUUGGAAUAGCCAGCAAUAUUACAAUGACUAUUACAAGAAUUACUAUGCGCAACAGAGCCAGGGCCAGGACUCGUCCCAGUCACAGACACAACAGCCUGCAGCAGGAGACCAGGCACAAGCGUCAUCGUCAACGACAGAAGAUGACAGUAAUGGUGGCUAUCAAGGCAAAUCUCGUGGUCGAGGCAGAGGCAGAUAUCAUCCAUAUCAGCAGCAAAGCGAAUAGAUCUGUUGUGUUCAGCAAAAAUGUGGAAGCUGGUGGAAACGGCAGAGAAAAAAGAUCAUGGUACACUGGGCUGCAAUCAUUCCUACUGACCGUGCUGUGGAACUUCUUAGAGGAGCCCGAGACCUUCAGAGCAUCAAGUUUCUUGUGUCAGGC